AUGGCUUUUGCAGUGAACCACCAAGAGCUUUGCCCAAUGCACAUGGCUGUUGAAAAUAAUGAAUGCGGAAUUGUGAUGGAGCUUCUUAGUAAUGAAACCCAAAACUCGUGUUUCCAAAGAGAUCGAGAGGGGCGGAACCCCGUACAUUACAUGGCCAUGAGGGGGUACGAGGACAUGUUGUUUGCAGUCCUCCGGACAUGCCCUGAGUCGGCAAAGAUCCUCACCGACAGAGGCGAGAACAUUCUUCAUGUAUGUCUCAAGUAUAGCCAUGAAGAAAUGAUGAUGAAAUUGAUCACAGAAUUUGAUUUUGUGCGGAAACUCAUUCAGCAGAGGGAUUAUGAUGGCAAGAGUGUUUUCGAGCUUGCAGAUUCUAGUUUGGGACCUGAGAUGUUGAAGGAAUUGCGAGGAGUGGCGGAGAAGGAAAAAGGAGGGUCUGGAUGGGAUGGUGGGAAGGAGCUGAAGGAUGCUCUCAAGUCUACCAAGGACGGCAUAGCAGUGGUUGCAGCAUUGGUAGCUGCCGCCACCUUCGCCGUAGGCCUCAACCCUCCUGGAGGGGCCUACCAUGACGGCCCGAAAUUUAUCGCCUUCGAAGUACUCAAUAUUUUGGCUCUCUGUAUUUCCAUCAACGUUUUGAUCAAUGCCAUCGGUUUCAUACCCCAUAUAAAAGCAGACACAAAACAAAUUUCCUUAAUGAGCAAAGAACUCGGCUUUUCGAUUUGCUUCAUGUUGUCGGCCUUCUUCUUGGGGCAAGAUCUUCUGCAUCUCACCAUUAAGGACACAUUGUUACCAGUUCGCUGGACUUUGUUCUCGAUCAUGGCUUUCGUGAUACUUCUGCUGUGGACACCGGAUACAAUGUUGCCGCAAACUGUAUUGAAAAAUAAAGAUAAUUCAUCUUCUUUGUCUCCGGCUAUGGUGGCUCUCUGCAUGUGUGCGGUCUGCUGCUUCAUGAUGUGUGGAAAAUCGGGUACGGGAGGGGCAUCUAAGAAGCCCAACCAGCAAGAAGAGGCAGCAACAAGGUCGGGUCAAUCCAAACAGGGUCAGGAUUCAGGUCCAGCACUGGGGUCAACCCAGGUCGGUUUUGGGUCAGGGUCCGACUUGAACCCUAAAGUGUCGGAUGAGGUCUAG